ACAACAAUAAAUUGAUCCACAAAAGCGGGACGUAAAUCGAAGCUCAGUUUAGCUGUGUACCUGAACAUGAGCGUAAUGCUGCAACUGGACGCGUUUGUCACAAUGCUGGCCUGCCUUACCACAACGCAUAACGAUCUGGGCAAUUAUUCCUUGCCCCUCGACAAUUCGACAUCCGGAAGCUUUCCCCUGUCAAAGCUAAGUAGUCUUACUACACGUAUUCAGGCACUAUCAACAGAUAUUGCCAGCGCCAAGGAGCAAUUAGGCAGCCUGCAGGAGCAGCUGGUAGAUCUGCGUCGAUGGACUGCCCCCAGAGUUGCCACAGCAGUUACGGCGGACAGGACACUUAGCACGCGCAUUGCUGAUUUGAAUCCACAAAUACUGAAGAAUGCUGCAGUUCCGGCUGGUGCGACCGUGGAAACGGGUACUGGUCUUGGGGUAUCGGCCAGCGAGCCGAGCACGCCACAUAAUUGCCUGAGACAGCAACACGGUGUAGUGCGUAUUCGUCCGCAGGCUAAUAUGGAUGCCUUUUUUGUGUUUUGCGAUCAAAAGAACCGAGGCGGCGGCUGGACUGUGAUCACAAAUCGUAUAGAUGGCUCUGAAGACUUUAACCGCAAGUGGGAGGACUAUAAAAUUGGGUUUGGGCCACUAACAAAUGAGUUUUUUAUUGGACUGGAGAAGCUGCAUCAAAUCACAAAUAGUGAAGAUAACGAACUAUUGGUACAACUGGAAAAUCGCAAGCAGGAGAAGCGUUAUGCCCUCUAUGAUCACUUUAGCAUUGGCAGCGAAUCGGAGCAAUACCGCCUGAAUGUACUAGGAAAUUACCAGGGCGAUGCCUCCGAUGCACUGCGUCAACACAACGGUAGAAAGUUCAGUACGUAUGACAGGGAAAACGAUGAGAAUGAGGUUAACUGCGCAGUUGCACAGUCGUCCGCCUUUUGGUAUAGCAACGCAUGUACUCUAAGCAAUCCAUUUGGCAUUUAUCAGCGCUUGCUAGAACGCGAUGUGGAUAGCUAUAAGGGCAUCUUAUGGCGCGGCUUUCUCGAUGGCCCUAAGGGUUCCCUGAAACUGAUGCGCUUGCUAGUACGUCCACGUACCAGCAGCAGUUAAACACAUUAUCUAUCUGCAUCAUAUGUUCACAUACAAUAUAUUGAUAAAUACAGAGAUUAUUCGCGUUUUAAAAGUACAA